CUUACAGUUAGCUGUUGAGCUAUGUUCAUCGCAUUGCGAACAACCGCAUCAAGCCGUCCGCAGCAACGCAGCAACGCAGCAGUCCGGAUCUCGUACCCAAGCGGCCCAGCAUGCAAUCCUGAUCCCUCUGAGCAGUCAUAUACCCCCGCCGAAUCAAUGGGGCACCCUGCAUGAUCAGUGCAACCGUUGACUGCCGACUAUGACCACAAUUUGGGACCGAACCUGUCCGAACGAGAGCACUCAAAGUCGCGUCGAUCCGGGCACUGAAGCAUCAUGAACUCACUCUGGCCGUCCCGGGCGUCAGGUGAGGGCAGUGCAGCUGCAAACCCUCCCACCACGGACGUCGCAGAUACUGGUGUGCCGGAUGCUGGCUUGAGCAAGGGCGACAAGCAACAGCAGGUGCUGCCCGUUCGUCCAUUACUGCAACGCAAUGCUCAGCCACAGAACCCUCCAGCCUUUCCUCCUCCGCCGUCAGACCCUCCGCCACCACCGAGCGCAAGCAUACCCCUACAGCCACCCACAGACUCGCUGUCUCUGGCCCAACUGAGACGUCUGGUUGCCGACUUCCCUCACGCCGAGGCCGCUGCUUACGACUUCGAGUACCAGGACACUGCGCCGGUCGAGGAGGAGAUCGACGAGUGGUUUGUCUACCAGUUCUGGCAGUGGGUUCGCCUUAAUGGGGUGCAGCGUUCCUUCGAGUGGCAGUGGCUCAACAGCCAGGGGCAAGACACGACCUGGGAUGAGGUUGGUGACGACACGAGGAGGGCCUUCGUGUCGGAUGCAUUAUCAUGUCUCUCGUCAGAGAACUCCAAGGAGCGGUCGGCGAACAUCGCAAGGCUAGUGUACAUCACCCUCGGGAGGUGGGCCAGCACUGCUGAUGGGGGCCAGUCCGCUGCUGGGACGGAGAACAGGCCUCGAUGUGUGGCCACGUCUGCCCAACUCGAGGCUAUGAAGACUGGCGUACGGCUCAUUGCAGAUGUCGGUGGGGCGCAGGCUGUUUUUGACGCGCUCAAGAAAGCGUUUGAACCGUUUUGGCCCGAGGAAGCGCAGCAUAACCAGUCGAAUACUAUGCAAGAAGCACUGGAUGAGCUCAUGAAUUUGAUGACAAUUAUGUACAUGAUGAUACAAGAGGUUUUGGCAAAUCGCCAUGAACUUGGAGGCCUCGAAUCACAACUACUCGCCCUGAACCCGUGCCUGGUCGAGUUCUUCGCAGAAGUCACAGGCAAGCUCCGGUGGGAUGAGGCACAGAUCGUGCCUCAAGCACAGGUAUUUUUGCUCCUGUGGAAAUCGAUCCUGCUUGUCUUUGGCGGUUCGGAACAGCUUGCCGAGACGAAACGGGCCACAAGAGAGAACCCGUCAGACGACAAGGAUGACAGAGAUGUCAUCACGGCCUCACCAUUAGAUUAUCAUGUCUUCCGACAGGAGAUAACAUCCAAAUACCCGGCAUACAUACCACCGCAGCCUGCCAUCCCUUUGGAGGCUGAGAACACUUCUCUCCUUCCGCCAUUGCCAAGUCAACAAGCCCGGAACAAUGGCGCGCAGGGGAUUCUUCCACCGCAACCGGGCACACAAGCUGGAGGUGCUUCUAUUCUCCAUCAACCUGUCCACAUAGCAACUCCAGCACCUUCGCCUCCCCCUUCUCCGGGUGUCGGCGGUAAAGGAGUUAAGAAGCAGAAUUACCAGACCAACCAAAAUUUCCCGUUCAUGUACCCGCCUCUGGAUGAGUCCAGCAAUAGCCUCGGUGGUAAGGGCAACACUGCUUUGCAAGAUAUGCUAGUCACUCGGAAAUGGGAAGGCGGCGAUGUCCCGGCAUCUAUUCUCGAAGCCGGUGAGCUAUUUUCCAAGCGUGUGAGGAUGACGCGCGCGGCCCGACAACUCUGGGAAGAGCGAGAGAGAUUUAUCAAGUUUGAGCGCGGCUGGGAUGAAUCCACAAACGAUAUACUGGACGAGCUUGACCUGUCGUCGCUGACGCUGGAGGAGAAGGAAGAGCUGGGGUUGGUCAAGCCCGAGGAGCCCCAGCCUGAGGAGGUGGAGGUUGAUUACGGCCCGAGCAAAGACCUGGAUGAGAGGACGAAACAGCGACUAGAAGCCGUCGAACGCUUCUACGCCAACUCUCUCCCUAUCCUGCAGUCGAUAUCCAUGACUCUGAUCAAGUCCAUCAUAGCACACUGGACCGUCGUAAUGACGCAACAGCCCCAAGGGUCGUUUGGCAUGCAGGGUCAAAACAAUGGGAGACUCAACGGCAACGGCCGAGGCCAAGAUGGCUCAAACGGUACUAAUGGCGCCGGGAGUGGUGAUGACAGUGACCCCUCGCCUGAGGAGCUCGACGCGGCAAGAACCCGUGAGAUCACUCAAAAGGCCGUCAGCGCCAUCAUGCUGCUGCUUUUGAAGUGGUUCAAGUUGUCUCAUGUCCUGAAAUUCGAAUACCUCGCGCAGCUACUUUUGGACUGUAAUUACAUGCCGUUAGUGCUGAAGCUGUUCCUGCACCAGGACGUCCAACAGGUCAUUGAAAGCAGGGCAGACCGCAUCGAAAACAGCUUUUUCUACUUCUGCAAUGUUCGAGCCGGGGCACCGGAGAAGCCUGUGCAACAAGAAGCCGAAGCACCGGGCGCCCAAGAAGAGAGCGAAGACGAUGCGGCCCCACCGCCUAUUAAGCGGCGCCGCUCGCCCACAGAGGAGGCUGCUUCAGGAGACGCAUCCGGAGCACUGCAACAGGGCGAGAACGGCGCGCCCGUGAGGCCGGAGGUGGACGAGCUGGGGUACCCGGUCAACCCGUUGCCAGCGGAGCCGAUCACGGAUUUCUCGCGGCGCAACUUCUUCACGCUGAUCAACUACCUGCGGGUGAUGCAGAAGAUCUGCAAGCACAAGGCGCACCGCAACCUGCUGCUGGUGCACUACAAGUCGUCCAACGUGCUGCGCAAGAACCUGCGGAUCCCGCAGGACCGGCUGCGGCUGUACACGCUCAAGCUGUUCAAGAACCAGGUGCCAUACUGCAGCCGUAAGUGGCGGCAGUCCAACAUGCGGGUGAUCACGGCCAUCUACCUGUACUGCCGGCCGGAGCUCCGGGACGAGUGGCUGGCGGGGGCGGACAUUGACGCCGAGAUGGACGAGGCGCUGCCGCUGGAGCAGGCGCUGCGCAGCCUCACGCACUGGUUCAACGUGCGGCGGUACCCGGACCGGAUGGCGGCCGAGGUGCGCGACGCGCUGCGCGAGGAGCACGACUUCUUCUCGCGCGAGCUGGAGCGCCUCGAGGUCAGCUGGGACGACAUGGGGGCCGCGGAGAGCGUCAACGGCGAGUGGGAGGAGAUACCCGGGUGGGGCUGAUGAGGGUGAUCUGCGGCCGGGUGGUGGUGGUGGUGGUGGCCCCGAAGAAGGUCCUGUUUGCGUUACAUACUUGUUUCCCCCUCCCCAGCAGGUAGGCAGGUGGUGGGUGGGUAUUUGUAAGUGAGCGGCGCGUGGGGGGUGGGGCCAGCACGGGAUGCCGCGGGCGGUGCGGUGAAAGUAUGUAUAUCUCUGCUCGCGUGCUCGCCAGGUUCAAGCGCGAUCAUCACUUGUGGUAUACUAGAUAUGGUUAAUUGAUACCCUCCUAAGCG